AUGGCGACCGGUGGCGGACAGGUGACUGUGGUGGCGCUGGACAAGGCGCUACCGGCGACGCGGCUUCUGGAGAAGCGGCGCCUCAUGUUCCAAGUCCAGGAGGCGCUGGAGCGGAAGAAAGUGGAGUUUGCGAGCAAAGAAGACGAAUUGACGAGACGAGAAGAAGCCCUCCGGAUCAAAGACCGGGAGUUACAGGAUUCUCUCAUUGGAUUCUCUAAGUUCUUGCAGGAAAAUAAUAUCAAGCGGAUUCGUGCGGAGAAAAAGGCAGCUGAUGAGAUUCGUUUACAAGCAGAAAAAGAAGCAGAGAUCAGACAAAUCGAGACCAAGAUAGAGCAGCUCCAGAACGAAAAAAUAGCCACGAAGAACGCUCUUGGAAGAAUGAUGGCUUAUCAAAAGUACCUCGAGACCGUUGUUGAGGUCGCGGAGGAGUAUCACGAAGUCAAUGAUCUUCUACUAAGGUACUCUACGUUGCUAAGUACGAACGAAGAUCUUCGAACGCAUGUUGAGCAAUGCACAGAUACCAUUGAAGCGCUGCGGGCAGAGCUGCAAACGUACUACAAGUCCGCAAUCAGCGAGAUCCUCAACCUUGAAAACGAUGUCACUCUUGCGAAACAAGCGUACGAAAGGAAGAAGCAUGAGACGGCUGAGAUGGAAAAGAAGAUGGAUUCGAUUUUGCAAAUCUCUGCUGCAAAGACACUCGUCCGGGGACAGGCUUGCAUGGCGGCUGAAAAUCUUUUCGGCCGAGUAUGCCAUAACUCGAGAAUAAAUCACGUUCCACAGUCAAGCCCUUUGAGGCAACUGGAUGUUGUUGGCGACUACGUUUCGGACACCAAUGCAAUAAUCAAGGCUGUUAAAGCUGGUGCUUUGAAGAAGGACGAGGUCUGGGAUAUUUUUCUCCUUGCAUGGGUAAUGAAUUUUGCGAGCUUAGCUGAUCACAGUUGCGCUGCGCUAUCCUCGCAACUACAGCAUUCUUCCAGCUGCCGUGACAAUCAGAAGUCGUACUGGUGUCAUGUGCAACACGAGGACGGACCGAUCCUAGACGGAAGUUUGGCUUGGUUCGUUCAUUUUCCCAAAAGGACACGCAAGGCAAGAUUGGGAAUGCAAUUCGCUGCUUUCGUCAAAGCAGAAGUUUGCUUAGUCCUUUCUUUUCUACUGUUUCACCGCCCGCAACCACAAGCCGUGCAGAUCGGAGGGAUCAUUGCGUUUUUAGGGCAUUACAUGAAGGAACGAGCGCUCCCACCAUCAAAAUAG